AUGUUCUUGGUGCCAACCCAACAACCGCAACACCAAGCGCUCGUUGGCAACUAUCCGUCACUGCCGCGCGCCUCUGAGCCUCAGCUGAGAAGCCAGAGCGCUGGAGUGAAGUUUGGUUCGCUUCUGAACGCCAGCGACAGCCCCAUGGAACGCGGUGUCCACGAUUACUCGCAGUCAGGUUUGCCUUCGCCCUAUCCGAGCAUCUCUGGCGACGCCCAGUCUGAAGCUUCCCCUGCAGAUCACGCAUCUGCUGCGACCUACCCGAGCAACCAGGAAGCACGCCCGGCUGGCUACUCUUCCUCUGCGACUCCCACGUCCGAGUACGGCGCCUACCCGCAGUCUGCAAGGUCGUCGACUAGCUCUUUUCAAGAGCAUAGUAUCCGCCAUCAAUACCAUCCAGCGAGCAACCACAGCGGCAGCAGUGGAGGUAUGGCGCAGCAAACACCAACAAGUCCGUCCAUGCCUUUGCAAGAUGGACGCACCCAUCAGUCCGAGCAGGUCAAAUCUGACAGCGAUGUACCCAUAGAUCCGUCCAUCGCGGCACCCAGCCCUAGUGCGUACAGUGCUCACUCGCAAUACUCGCCAUACGGCGCGGCGCCUCCGCAAGACAUGGCACAUUAUCCGCCGAGCGCUGGCAGCAUGUAUGCGCAGCCUCGACCUGACUGGUCCAACUAUGGCCACCCAGGUGGCCAGAUGCCACACCCUCACCAAGUACCUUUCCCUCAUACACCGACUUCAGCGCCGCCGGGACGUCCCCCUCAGUAUGGAGGGCAGGUCUACUCAUUCGUGCCUAUCCCCGGAGCGCAGCAACACAAGCGACCUCGACGACGCUAUGAAGAAAUCGAGCGCAUGUACAAAUGCGGGUGGCAGGGCUGCGAAAAGGCCUACGGCACGCUAAACCAUUUGAACGCUCAUGUCACGAUGCAGAGCCACGGGCAGAAGCGAACACCUGAAGAGUUCAAGGAAAUUCGCAAAGAAUGGAAAGCACGCAAGAAGGAGGAGGACCAGCAGCGAAAAGCCGCAGAGGAAGCUGAUCGUCAGCGUCACGCGCAGGCAGCCGCUCAGGCCCAAGCUCAGAAUGGGGGCCCCGACGGAGGCGACGCGGGACAGCCGUCGUCAUCGUACACAACGAGCCGUCAAGUGCAACUACCGCCCAUCGGGUACCAGAACAACCAAUACCCAGCGCCGCCGUCAUCAACUGUGCCUCCGCAGUCCAUGCCAGAGUACAGUCCUAACGGUCAUCUGUAUGCAAACAGCUACCAACCCGCUUCACCUUACGCUCCCCAGGCCCAGCAGAUGUACAGCCAGCGCGAAUAG